AUGGGCCUGAUCUGGCUCCUGCUGCUCAGCCUGCUGGAGCCCGGCUGGCCCGCCGCGGGUCCCGGGGCGCGACUGCGGCGCGAUGCGGGCGGCCGCGGCGGCGUCUACGAGCACCUCGGCGGAGCGCCCCGGCGCCGCAAACUGUACUGCGCCACCAAGUACCACCUCCAGCUGCACCCGAGCGGCCGCGUCAACGGCAGCCUGGAAAACAGCGCCUACAGUAUCCUGGAGAUGACGGCGGUGGAGGUGGGCAUCGUGGCCAUCAAGGGGCUCUUCUCCGGGCGGUACCUGGCCAUGAACAAGAGGGGGCGGCUCUACGCUUCGGAGAGCUACAACGCCGAGUGUGAGUUUGUGGAGCGGAUCCACGAACUCGGCUACAACACGUACGCUUCGCGGCUCUACCGCACGGCGCCCGGAGGCCCCGGGGCGCAACGCCAGCCCGGCACCGAGAGACUGUGGUAUGUGUCCGUGAACGGCAAGGGCCGGCCCCGCAGGGGCUUCAAGACGCGCCGCACCCAGAAGUCCUCCUUGUUCCUGCCCCGCGUGCUGGACCACAAGGACCACGAGAUGGUGCGGCUGCUGCAGAGUGGGGCCGGGCUCCGGGGCGGGCGGCCCGGACCCCCCGGCAAGGGCCCCCGGUUCCGGCGGCAGCGACGGCUGCCGAGGAAGCGGAGCUGGCGAGGCGGCGCGUAG